CAUUAAUCAGUAUGGUAAGACUAUUGAAUUUCAGAAUUAUUUAUGUGCAGUUUCUACUUUUCUGCGUCUUCCUCCUUCCCCCUCACUACAAAUAGCCACCGUCUCCGCCGCGACGCCCACUGGACGCUCCGCCGCUGCGAAUCAAUUGCUGUUAGAGCACUCAAGUGUGAAUCGAGAACCUCAGACAACCUAAGCAUGGGCAAAGAACAGUCCUCCUCCACCGUCGCCGCCGCCGUGGCGCACGAGGAAUUCAAGCUGGUAGGUUUCAAAAACUUCGUCCGUAAAAACCCUAAGUCCGAUCGAUUCUCCGUCCGGCACUUCCACCACAUAGAAUUCUGGUGCGGCGACGCCACCAACACCGCCAGGCGCUUCUCGUGGGGCCUCGGAAUGCCUCUCGUCGCUAAAUCUGAACUCUCCACCGGAAACUCCGUACACGCUUCGUACCUCCUCCGCUCCGGCCAGCUCAACUUCCUCUUCACCGCGCCUUACUCCCCUUCGCUCUCCAAUCCAUCCUCCGCCGCCAUCCCUACUUUCUCCUUCUCCGACCACAGUUCCUUCACUUCCUCUCACGGUUUGGCCGUCCGCGCGGUCGCUAUCCUCGUUGAUUCAGCCUUUUCUGCUUACUCCACCGCUCUCUCCGGAGGCGCUAAAUCUUCAUCUCCGCCGGUUCUUCUAUCGGACAACAAAACCGCCAUCGCCGAAGUCCACUUGUACGGCGACGUCGUACUACGAUUCGUGAGCUACGGCGAUGGUGAAGAAGCAUCCUCCGAUGGAUAUUUUCUACCAGGCUUCGAACAAAUCGAAAACGAAAGCUCUUACCAACAAUUGGAUUACGGAAUCAGAAGACUCGACCACGCCGUCGGUAACGUCCCCGAACUCGGUCCUGCGGUCGAGUACUUGAAGAACUUAACUGGAUUUCACGAAUUCGCUGAAUUCACCGCAGAGGACGUAGGCACCACCGAGAGCGGAUUGAAUUCCGUAGUCCUCGCAAACAACGACGAGACGGUGCUGUUACCAUUAAACGAGCCGGUGUACGGAACGAAGAGAAAGAGCCAAAUCCAGACAUAUUUGGAGCACAAUGAAGGUGCAGGAGUGCAGCAUUUGGCACUCACAAGUGAGGAUAUCAUCAGAACGCUGAAGGAGAUGAGGCAGAGGAGCAGCGUCGGCGGAUUUGAGUUCAUGCCUUCACCACCGCCGACGUAUUACAGGAACGUGAAGAACAGAGCCGGCGAUGUGCUUACAGAUGAACAGAUCGCCGAGUGCGAAAGGCUGGGGAUCUUGGUAGAUAGGGAUGACCAAGGAACUCUUCUCCAGAUCUUCACCAAGCCUGUGGGCGACAGGCCGACUAUAUUCAUAGAGAUCAUUCAGAGGAUCGGGUGCAUGCUUAAGGACGAGAAAGGGAACGCUUACCAGAAAGGAGGGUGCGGAGGAUUCGGUAAGGGCAACUUCUCGGAGCUCUUCAAAUCCAUCGAAGAAUACGAGAAAAUGCUCGAAGCAAAACAAGCCGUUGCUGCUUCUUGAAGGUACGUAGUGUAAUGUUUGCACGAGCAAUGGAGAUCAAAUAGUAGUUGGUAGUAUUGGUUGUAACUGCUUGCUUGUGUAGAUGUUACGUAUUUUGAAACUAAUGAAUUAUUGAAAUUUAUAUAUUAUUCAA